AUGUCGUCCCAAGCUGCUAGCGACGGUCCGACAGCCACUUCGACCAGGCGGCCGUCCCCUCUCGCGAGCCUCUCCCGUGAAAAGAUGGAGCAAUUCAACCGCCAAGCCGAGCGUCGAGGCGUCGUGUACCUCGCUCGCGUCCCUCCACACAUGAAACCCGAGAAAGUACGGUCGUUGUUGACUAAGUACGGUACCGUGAACCGCAUUUACCUCGUCCCGGAGGACAAGACGUUGCACAAAAAGCGCGUCUCGGCGGGCGGUAACCGUCGUCUGCAGUAUACCGAAGGAUGGAUUGAAUUCGAGGACAAAAAAGUCGCCAAACGGGUCGCGACGAUGCUCAAUACGACGCCCAUUGGCGGUCGCAAGCGCGACUAUUACCACGACGACAUGUGGAACCUCAAGUACUUGCGGGGGUUCAAGUGGGCCCACUUGACGGAAAAAGUCGCGUACGAAAACCGCAUGCGCGACCAGAAGUUGCGCGUGGCGAUUGCGCAGCACAAGAAGGAGAACGAGCGGUACUUGGAACGGGUCGAGCAGGCCAAGCAGUUUGAGGGCAUGGACGCACGCAAAGCAGACAAAAAAAAGACGGGCGGUGGGGGCGAGAAACAGGAGACGACGGACGACCAGCUGCUGCACGUACGUCGGACGUUCCAGCAAAAGACGCCAAUGAGUAGUAAACAGCAGCAGUCCCUCGGCGACCAUGAGCUGGAACAGGUCUUUGUUGCAAGCAGCAGAGCCACGAAGAAGCAGCGAAGGGCUUGA